AUGGCUCACCGUCCCACUCAACGCCGCAACUUAACAACACCAGAACCCAAUACCUCUUCUAUAGGUGGUUGUGGUUCCACUCCUGCUAAACACCCCAAUCCCACCACCUUCACUGCCACCCUUUCUCACUGCCCAACACCAAUCCCAGAUUUCUCCUCUAAGCCUUCUUUUAUUCUAAAAUACUUGUCAAGCCUAAACAUAACUCCCAAAGCCCCUCCACCCCACAAACUAUCACAAACCAAUCACCCUCCUCAGCCGCCACCGCCUCUUGUUGACACCCAUUUCCCCAUGACAUCCUCUUCCAUAGUUGAUUCAUACAAGUUAUCUCUCCUCAAACCCAAUACCCAGAUCACCAGAGUUGCACCAAAGCUUGUAAAAGAGAGCAAGCCUACAGAGAAACCCUCUAAAGAGAAGAAGCCUAAGAAAAGCAACACAGAACUGGAAAGGUGGAAUCUUGAAGGUGUAAUGAGGAAUGAAAAGAAGGAUUCUGAUGGAGGGCUUUGUAGCCGAGUUCUGUUUGAGGAUUUUAAGGUUGAAAAAUUGAGGAUUCCUCUUGUGGAAGAGCUUGAUGCUGUUGAGAGGAACUCUGUUUCACUUGCUCCUCCCAGUGGUGGCAGAAGGAGAUCCUUAUGUGGCUCACAAGUUGACUUAGGAUAUGUGUUUGCAGUCAAUGGGGUGAAAGUGGUUUCAGCUGAUAUGCCACCAUUUAUGCAGAUCCAUGCUGUGGAUUUUGCAAGAAAGGCUUUUGAUAGCAUGGAGAAGUUCACAUCCAAGACCCUUGCCUUCACCCUCAAGAAGGAAUUUGAUAGGGUUUAUGGGUCGGCAUGGCACUGCAUUGUGGGGACUAAUUUUGGGUCUUUUGUGACACACUCUGUUGGAGGAUUUCUAUAUUUCUCUAUGGAUCAAAAGUUAUACAUCCUCUUGUUUAAGACUGCUGUACAAAAAGCAAGUUGAAG